CUUUGGUUGAUUCACACACUCGUCUGUCUGUGUCUCUCUCCCUCUCAGUCAGUCACAUGUGCGAUCGAUGCAAUCAUGUAUUCGUCCAUGUACAUGUAUUCACAUGAUCGAUAUCUCUCAGCUGAUGUGUCUGGUGUGUGGUGUGUGGUGUGCCCUCCCUCCCGGCCCCUCCCUCUAUCCCUCACUCAUUCAUUCCAUUCACAGCACGCACACAAUCACAUCAGCACAAGCACAAACAAUACAGACAAAACAAAACCGCUGGCUGCUGCAUCGUCAUCAUCGAAUUGUCACGACCACAGGACACCCGUCCAUCGACGAGGUAGGUCUCUUGAUUAAAAGUCGGCGUGUCCGGGGUAUCUCGGGAAUGGAAUCACGUCGCGGAUGUUGUCAACACCAGUCACGAGCAUGAUCAACCUGACACACACACACACACACACACCCACAACCACAACCAUACCACUCUCUCUCUCUCUCUGUCAUCUGUGUGAUCCGUGUGUGUGCCUGUGGGUGGCAGGUUCACCUUUCGAAGCCCAGCCCAAAGCCUGCGUGUGGGACGGAGCCGUACUUGCGCAAGUCACGAUACCACCAGUAGCUCUCGAGGGGCAAGCCCUGCAGCCACACAGACACACACAGGGAGAGAGGACACACAUCAAUGCCGUUCGUGUGGGUGGGAGCUGACUCGGCGUGCGAUUGCUCACCAUGUCCUUGAUGCGUCUGUCCAGAACGUCUAGUCGUUCCUCCCUCUGCGACCCGCCGAUGACCUCUCCGAUUUUUGGCAGCAGGACGUCCAUGGCGGCCACCGUCCGGUCGUCAUUAUUCAGACGCAUGUAAAACGCCUUUAUCUCCUUCGGAUAGUUGUAGACGGUGACGGGCUGCUUGUACACCUGCUCUGUCAGAUAGCGCUCUGCACACACACACACACACAGACACACACACCAAGACAGCAUUUCACGCCAUCAAUACGCCCCCCUGCAGUCAGUGCUCACCGUGUUCAGAGCCGAGGUCCAUGCCCCACUGCUCGGGCUUCUCCUGGAACUUGCUCUUGUGCUUCUGUAGUGCACACACACAAUACACGCACAACAUACACACAACAUGCCUGGCUGUCUGGUCGAUUGCUGGCGACAUUCUCUCACUGACCUGUAGGAUUUCGAAUGCCUCUGUGUAGGUGAUGCGGACAAACGGGCUAUUGACGAUGUGACGCAGUCUGUCAACCAGGCCCUUCUCGACGCGCAAGUCAAAGAACUCCUGCAGCCAUACAAUACAUGCCAUGGACCCAUGCACAACCACGCCAGUGCUCGUAAGUGUCGUGUGUCCAUACGUCUCACUGGGGGUGAGAGUGUGUGUAGUGUGUAGCCCACCCCACCCACCCACGUACCAGGUCCGCCAUGCAGUUGUCGAGUACCCACUGGACGCAGUAUUUGACGUAGGCCUCCGCGCAGUCCAUGUCUUGCUGCAAAUCGGCAAAGGCCAUCUCGGGCUCGAUCAUCCAAAACUACACACACACACACCGCAGACACCCACAGCUUGUGUGUGUGCAUGACGCCACUUGAUCCAUCCAUCCACUCGGCUAUCGUAUUGACGUACGUACCUCAGCGAGGUGUCUGGAAGUGUUGGAAUUCUCGGCUCUGAAGGUCGGCCCGAAUGUGUAGACGUCGGACAACGCACACGCAUAGUUCUGACACACAGGAGGGAUCACCGGCAGGCAAGGCAGGUGAUGCGUGUGGCCCUCCCUGCGUUGUGAUGUUUUCUGUCUGAUCUGUUCGCAUGGCUCAGUCACCUCGACAGCGAGCUGUCCGGAGACAGUGAGGAAGGCCGGCUUGCCGAAGAAGUCCUUCGAGUAGUCAAUCCUACACAGAACACAACGCGCACACACACGUCACACGAAUGAAUGAUUGAUGACUUCGGGGGCCGGCGGUCAGAUGUCGGUGGGUUGUUUCCGCUCACUUUUGUUCCUUGUCGACUGGCGCAUUGCCUUUCUCGCCCACCUUGGGCAGCACAGUCGUCACCUUCUCACACACCACACACCACACCACACCAAACACACCACACCAAACACACCACACCAAACACACCACACCAAACACACCACACCAAACACACCACAUUGCAGCAAAACAGCCACUGGAUCCUCCCUCCCUCUCUCCGCCCUGUCUGUUUGUCUGUCGAUCUGUCUGUCUGUCUGUCUGUCUGUCUGUCCCACCUGGAACAUCUCUCCUGCCCCCUCGCAGUCACAGCACGUGAUAAGAGGGGUGUGGAUGUACAGAAACCCACGGUCCUGCAGACAACACGAGAGGCCAUUCGUCAAUAAUAUAUGGUGUGGGGUUGUUAAUUCUGUCCAUGCCAUCCAUGUAUCUGAUCUGAUCUGUACCUGGAAGAAUCGGUGUGUGGCCAUGGCGAGGGCAGACCUCACACGGGCGACGGCGCCAAUCAGGUUGGACCGAGGACGCAAGUGGCUGGCAGCACGCACAACAGACGACAGGAAGGACGGUCGGUGCGCAACUCUUGUGCAUCUUCCCAAUGUGGCUGUCUCGCUCACCCGAUCUCUCUCAGGAAUUCCCGCGAGUGCUGCUUCUUGGAGAGGGGGUACGCACCCGCGUCCGCCUCUGUGACGAAAGAAACGGCACGCAACACAUAUGCCAUGCCGUGGGUGGCGCCACCUCAUUUCUCUCUGUGUGUGUGUGUGUAUUCCUGACCUCCGAGGAUGGUCAUUGUGUGUGCGUUGGGGUCCUUGACGGCCAGCUCCACAGCCUGACCCUUGGCAGGAGACUCGACAAUCGUACCCACAAAUCUGCACACCACACCACACCACAUCACAUCAUGUCACACAACGUCGACCACUGACACAUUCCCCCAUCUCUCCGUGUGGGGUACCUGAAGCUGCACCCAGCGCCGCAUUUGAGUAGCUUGUCGAAUCCCGCGACGGCCUUGUCGACGACGACCUGCAGGCUCUUGAGGCAGGAGCCGUCGUUGAGUUCGACGAAGCAGAAGGUGCCGCCGCCCUGCUUGCGGAUGGUGCGGCUCCACCCACACACGGUGAUGAGCUUCCCAACCCACGACGCACCCAUGUCCUCAGACGCAACCAACACACUCACGCGCACUCGGCCACCGAAGCUGCAGACAGCACCCGACGCAAUCGACUCACUGCACCCCGUCGCUUUGCCCUUGGGUCUGUCUGUAUUCACCUGAAGCUGGCUUGUGGAACCUUGUGGUUCGUGUCCUGUAUGAGGCCGGCGACGGCACUAGGGCCAUCCGCCGCAAAGGGGGUCGAUCCAGUGCCGUUGGUCACGAGGGUGCCGUUGGCCAUCCCGAUCCCGCCUACACCACUACCAGCAGCAGCGGCAGCAGCAGGAGCAACAGGGACGGGAGCCGCUGCUGCUGCUGCUGCUGCUGAUGGCUUGGAUGGCUUGGCCGACGGCUGGCUCGUGGGCGCAAGGGCCGCUGCAGCAGUGGAGGCAGCGGCGGCAGGUGCUGGCUCGUCAUCAAACUGACACAUGAUAAGACAAUCUGCUGGUGAGAGGGGUAGAGAGGAAGUGUGGGUGGUGUUGAUUCCCUACCUGUGGUGCCCAGUGCAAUACGGUGUUGAACCAGCGGAACACACAGGGGUAGUCCUUCCGCCGCUCGGCCUCCAGGUACUGACAACAAACAAGAGAGAGAGAGAGAGAGAGAGAGAGAGGUGAGAAGCCAUCCAUCCAUCCAUCCAUCCAUUGGUGGUCCAGUCGUCGCGUCAGUCGAGUCAGUCAGUUACGUACCUUGAAGAGCUCGUAUGCGGAGAAGGACAGCGAGAUGUCCGCUAUGGUGAGGGUGUAGCCCACAAGAAAUGUCCGCGGACGCAUGUGCUCGUUCAAAUACUCUGAGUCACAGCACAGCAGCACACCCAUUGCACAAACCAAAUGCUCUCACCCAUGGGUGGUCGGCCACUCACCCAGUAGUUUCUUGACCUCGUCUGAGGCCGCCAGCCGCCUCAGGACGGCCUGCCCCCGCGCACUGUCGCUCUGUGACGGCUGCUUCUUGGCCUGCUCGACGUGGUAGGUGCGGAGGAGGUAGUCGACGUGCUUGUCGGUCCAGUCGAGCCACUGGUCCACCUCAGCCUGCAACACCCACCACCAUGGACAACUUUUCUUGUGUGUGUGUGCGUGUGUGUGUGUGUGUGUGUGUGGUUACCGUGUUGGCGAAGGUCUCGCCAUAGAGCUGCUUGCUGGGCAUCACACCAGCAACUGACAAAUAGGGAAAAGAGCCACACAACAGCGAUAUGUCGUCAUCGCACCGCCCACCCACUCACUCACCGUAUCUGAGGAUGCUGUUGACGUACGACAGCUCGUAACCAUCAGGAAGCUCCAGCUUCGGGAUCUGUGUCACAAUAGACGACAGAACGACACGCAAAAUUCCACCCUCCUCAGUUACACUGAUCGUGUCACAGCAACACACAUGACCGUACCUCGAAGCCGCCGGUGGACUGAGUCAGUGACGAGGCGGUCGGCGCCGCCGGUGGCUCCACCUCCACUGCCAGACCGACAUAACGCGCCGCUGACAAGAUCUUGCGGGCGGCCAGACUGCCCGCACUCGCUCGAAGCUUCUGAAGCAAGCAAUCAUACAUAGGCAGAGAGAGAGGGUGACACACUGACUGACAUGGAUGUCUGGUAAGUAAUGCUUGUGUGUCCUCUGCUUGCACCCACCAUUGUCGUGUUUCUGUUGAUCGGGCCAGCCAGUCAAGAUCUCCCACUCAUGGAUAAACAGCCUUCGCACGAAAGCUGUUUCGUCUCGAAUUAAACAACGCCUUGGCACCAGCGACAGCAGAACACGUCCAGUCCCC